GAGACAUUGCAAAUGGCGGCGAAUGUUAUUGUUUAAUGGAGUCUGUAAUAUUUCACAAUGAUGCUUGGAUUUACCUCUAUAACAGGUAAGAUGUGGCGAGAUGGUGGUGUGAGAAAGGAAGCUUAAUAUCCCGAGAAGAGGAUGAAGUGGUUCUGGACGGUUAGAAGUGGAAAGUGCGGAGAAAAAUCAUUUUUAACACAAAAUGGUGUAUGGAGCGAGUGACGUUCGCUUGGCCAUCGCGAACACCGAAACCCUCGGCGUUUCUGCUGGAAAAUCUCACUAACGCAUGGCCAAGUGUGUGGAAACCCUCUUGAAUCGUGACACCUGGAUAUACGUGGCCCCUUAUGACUAGGAAGUGAAGUGAGGCGAGAGAAAAAGGCUGGAAAUCCGGUGUUGUCUUUGGCUUGGCAGGAGAGUCCGCUUGGCGUUCGUGGCCAGGGGACCUCUUCCACUCCUUCUCUGCGGGGAUUUAACGCGUUUCCCCCCUCCUCUGGACUCGCCCGCGACGCCAAUGACAUGGAUGGGGGUGGUGACGGGGGUGGCAGGUGUGGUGGUGGAGGGAGAGAAGAACUGAUUGAGACGGUACUCACCUGUGAGGGGAACAUUAGUGACCCGGAACUCCCCAAGAAGCUCACCCACCUUGUGCAUGCUCUCAAGCAUGUCACCCACAGUGACUCCACUUGGUUUGUACGUAAGGUUGAGCCAUGGAACAGUGUGAGAGUGACUUUUUCCAUCCCUCGGGAAGCUGCUGUGCGCCUGCAUCAGCUGGCGCAGGCAGGAGACCAAGCAUUGCGACAACUGGGUAUCCUUUCUGUUCAAGUGGAAGGAGACCAGGUAUGCCAGGUGAUCUCCUUGAAGGUGGCUGGUCCAAACAAUGAGUCCACAGAGAUCGUCCUUCGAACAGAUGGGGGAGCCAGUGAUGGUGCUGGACCAUCUAGUGUGGCAAGAUCAGUAACUACAGCACUGGGCAGUGCUGGGCUUAUGACUGGGGCUGCCCAGCCCACCGAAGUUGUGGCAGCCCCACCAUACCGUAGUGUUGCUCCCAAUGUUGUUGCGCCUGUUGGGGAUAGCAUCCCUCUGACACCUCGCCCAAUGCCCCAAGUGCGACCUCCUUUCCCUUAUGCCAGCAUGAAUCAUGCCGAGAAAACCCGGCAGGGACGCGAGCUGCAACAUCAGCAGCCAAGUGGAUCAGCACCUGUCAGCCACGCUGUCCCAGGUGUUGGUCAGCGUCCUAUAUAUAAUCCCCCUCCUCCUUAUCCCAACCAUGAUCCAACACAGUUGCGAUCUGCUGGAGCCCCUGUGCAGAGACCACCUGUACCACAGGUAAAUGGUACUCAGUAUGUUGUAAGUCAAGCCAGUGGUGGUGGCAGUGUUUCACAGCCAGGAACGCAAGUGUUGCCUUCAGUUGUGCAGGCUAGUGCCAACCAGACAGUGACUGGAGCCUUCCCAGUGUCAGUGUCUCAAACUGUAAAUAACAGAGCAGUACCUGCACAGCCAGGGAAACUUGGUCAAAGGACAGGUGGAAAUGUGGUGAAAAACAGUCCUUUGUUGGUGGAUCUUUUGCGACAACCAGACCACCAACCAGGAGUGGGUGUUAGCAAGACUAAGGUAGUGAUUGGUGGUUCUCCCCACGGCUCACCUGCACCAGCUUCCCCCUCUUCUCGCUCUACGACUUCAACACCUUCAUCUGACUCCCUUCCACAUACUCCUCUCACCAACCUACCUCUACCUGCAGUGCCGGCACUCUCUCCACCUCCAGCAAGUUCCACCACAUACAGUGCUGCUAUCACAGCAUCGGGUUUGACUGGUGUGGCCUCAUCAAAUCAGUUCAGUUCAGCAUACACUGUAAGAGCAAAGGAUGGAGUGCAUACUCAUCAGCAGGUAUACUCUGGAGGUUCAGUUAUAACCAGCACUGUGACUCCCCAUCCACGCCUACCAAGUAGUGUGGGAGGGGGAUUACAGCAACAUCCUCAAGCCACAGGGCAACCUCCUCCUGGCCCAAGACCUCAUUACAAUGCGGAGCAACGCCGUUUGUCAACAGGCACUGCGCCGAACAUGCACACCAGAAUUCCUGUGCAAACUCCAGCUCGUUCCAGUAGCAUGGGAGAAACAAAGCCUGUGUCUCCCUCUCCACCACAGCUGGGAUCAGGAGGAAAGGAAAGUCAGUAUUUAAUCAAUCCCAACACUGGCCUUUUAGAGCCAAGGCCAAGUGAAAGCUCAGAUUCGGAACCAGAAGUCCGACCACCUUCCCCGAUGGUGGAGGACGUUCGUUCAAACUCACUUGGCUCUGACGAGGAAUCUAACAUGAGUGCACCAUCUAGAAAAGAGACUGAUCAGUCUGAUUCAGAAACUUCUAGAAUGUCAGUGCACAGUGUUGAAUCCAAGAAAGCGGCAGUGAACCAGGAUAGGUCCAAGUCUCGUGAUAGAGAUUCCAGUCCAGGAUCCUCCAGAGAGACCAGUGUGGUGAGUUCUGGUAGCUCAGAUGUAGCUAUUCGGCUGAAGUUGAAAAUUGGAAAGGAACCAAUUACCCAGGCUACUUUUGUCCCCAAUGCCAAGAAAAGUGAUCGGAAAGAGAUCGCUAAUUCUAGCUCGGGGUCCCAGCCUGGAAAUGAACCAAGGGUGCCGAAGCUUCACAUCAAGUUUGACUCGAAUCAAGCAGUCAUAGUUAAUCCUGGAGACGGAAGGAGAGGUCAGGAGAAGGACGGCGCAAAGGAGGAUAAAAGCAAGCGGAGGAGCUACAGAAACAAAUCCAGAAGUAGUGAAUCAGAUAGUGAUAGUGGGAAGGUGCGAGCCUUGAAGGUGAAGGGUAGCAAAGCUAUUGGUGAUGAAAGUUCUAAUGCGUUGAAAUUUAUGGACGUUAAAAAGGUUAAAAUGGAAAUGGAUAUGGAGGAGAAUCCACUGAAAGUGAAAGUGAAGGAAGGUGUGGAGGGGAGACUGAAAAUUCCAAGAACUUUAGAAGACAAUCGUUUGUCAGGUAUGAAAUCAGAGAGCUCUAAGAUAUCAAAACCAGAAACGAAAUUGAAAACACGAAUUAAGACCAAACAGCCCAUCAGGAAAGUUGGAGACCUAAACAGUAUGGGUGAAAUAGCUAGUCACAAAAUCCUUGAGACCCUGCCUCCAAGCAUCACCAAAGUGGCUGCCUUACACACUCCGCAACCACACAGAAACCCUUCCUCCUCCUCAAGUCAGUCGUCAUUGGUCUCGUCAGCUGCAGGAACCUCAUUAUCCACUGUAUCAAGUGGGACCUCCUCUCAGCCAGCUGGUGAACUGUUCAAAGCAGAACCGGAAAAGAGAGGUAGUGAGAUCAUUAGAAAAUCUGAGAUAAAAAAUGACCUGGAAAAGAAUAGUGCUGACAGUCUUAUUAAUCGCCUUCGCCUGAUGAAUGGAGACGUGACCCAUGGAGAGAAUAAGCUCCUGAUGGGUCGGAUUCGACAAAAGACCCCAGGUGCAGGCCAGCAGCCACAGCAGCAGCCGCAGCAACAGCAGCAACCGCAGCAGCAGCAACAGCAGCAGCAGCAACAACUGCAACCGCAGCAGCAGCAGCAGCAGCAGCAACAGGGGGAUGGUCCAGGUGGCAGCAAGCUGACAAUCAAGAGAAAAGGUUCUGGGGAAACACACACCCUGGAGUCUCUAAAGAAGGAUCUUCCUGAAGGACUGGGCAGCAUCCCUACGUACCUGAACUCUUCUGUGAUGAUCAAUAAAGUAUCUCACUCUCCAGAGAAGUUACCUGCCCUCCGUCAUGAAGACCCUGCAGAUAAAGGGAUAAAAAAGUUGGAUAUUCACAAGCAUCCAGUGUGUACGGACUUAGCCAGUUUGAAAGCAAACUCUGAUAUAACCAUCCACAGUGUAACAAAGAACGAAACUCUGAGUAUAAAUAAGUCGAGUGAUGGUGAGAGUAGAAGCCCAAACAAAAACAGAAGUGAAGUGACUAAGGUGGGUAAAGUGACUCAUUUAGAUGUGAACGACAGAAAAGCUUUGAAGGAGGCACUGAAGAGUUCGCAAAGUUCUAGUAAAAAGAACGACACUCACAAAAGCAGUAUGCAUGAUCUUUUGAGACGCUUUAAUUCUAAAGACAGUUCAACUACAGUGCCUGUCUCUUCUCAGUCUGAGAGUACAAACAGCAACAGUGGGGUUAAAGUGGAAAGCAAAGUCAUGGAGACCCCAGAAAAGGUGAAGCAGGAGGUGAAAUGCGAGGAGAAAAGUGAGAGCAAUGAGCCGCACAUACCAAGUGUUAAUUCUUCUAGCAGCUGUGAUACUAGUGUUAAACAAGAGCCUGAGCAAACCAAGGUUCUAGAGCAAGCUAAAGGUCCAGACUUUCCUGGCAGUGUUAUAUUAACAAAAAGUGAGGUAGAGAGCCCUGAUGGCACACCCAAGGGUGAGCACGGUAGUGGACAGGGUGGAGAGGAUUCUGGGAUUGAGUCAAUGGAUGCCCUUUCUGAGAAGAGUCCAAAUCAGAGUGAUCAGAGUCCCAGCAGGAGAGAAGACAAAGAGUGUGAGGCAUUUCAUGAGAAAAGUGAUAAGGCCCCAGUUUCAAAGGGAGAGAGUGUCAGCACUUGUAGAUCCAAUGUGACACCAAGCAUUGCUGGGAACAGCACUCAAGAAGAGCCCAAUUUGAGUGCCAAAAUUGAAAUCAAAUCAGAAAAUGUUGAAGAGCAAGAGGAGAGAGAAACAACAAAAUCUGAGAAUGAUUCUGCCACUGCAAAGUGUAGCACCCAGCAAUGUGAAUCUCCAAAUGACAAGUCUGACACCACGGAAUGCAGGCAAACUGAUACAAAUACAACCGCCCAAGAAUCUUGUAUAAAAAGUGAAGAACAACCCACAAAACCUGUUCAAGAAGUGACUAGUCCCAAAGAAUUGCCUGUUCCAGUUGCAGAUAUAAAAAAUGAAUCAAUUGAGUCUGUGGCUUCGGGCCCAGCAGAUGAUGAGUCUAAGGGAUGUGAGACGAACUUGUCAUCAUUCCCAGACCCUUCCACUUCUUGUAGUACUUCAUUGCCAUCAGGCUCUACACCACUUGUGCCAGUCUCAAGUUUUUCAUCCACAUGUUCGUCCAUCUCUCCACCUGCUUCACUCACAGUUUCUCAGCCAAGUCCCGUGAAGUCACCCCAAACGUCCUUGCCUGUAUCUGUGAAGACAGAGCCUGUGACAACAGACACUGUGCCUGCUGUGUCACAAGCUUCAUCAGAGUCAUCAGUAAAUAAUAGUUCAUCUCCCACUCCUCCCUCAUCUGUAUCAACACUUCCAACUCAGACGUCCUCAAGCACUGCUGAUGUGACUCCUACAUCUAGCAGUUCUUCUACUGCAAAUCUCUUGACUCUCACUAAUACAACUAAUACAACUUCAACUGUGCUGUCCACCACUUUUACUGUUCCCACACUAAGUGUGUCUACACCGUCUACUCCAACUUCUACCCCAACUUCACCUACGUCUCCCACCUCCAGUAGUCCUAGCUCUUACACCCCAGACACUCCUAGUCUUACAGUUACAAGCAAUACUACUUGUACUACAGUUACAAGUACACCUGUUUCCACAUUCAGUUCUACCUUUACCCCCGUUACUACUGUUCAUUCAAUUCCGUCAGUGCCUGACACUCCAAAGACAACAAGUUCGAGUACUACAUCCAUUUUAUCGUCAUCCAAGCCAUCAUUACUUGCACUUACUCUAACAAGACCACAGACCUCUAGUGCCCCAUCACAGCCUUCAUCAACCCAGGUAGCCUCUCCACCAGCAGUUGACAAAGUAGCUUCUUCACCAGCACCUAAUGAUUCGUGCUGUACUAUUUCUACGUCGUCCUCAAGUAGCAGUCAGCCAACCGUGACAAGCACAACUACUGUGGCGGCAACAACGACCAGUGCUAAAUUGGUCACACUGAAACCUAGCACAAGCCAGGGACAAGUGAGCACUCCUCUUAAUCUUCCCCCGGGGACAACUUUUCGGUUAGUGGCCCUACCAGGUAAGAGUGCCAUGGCUCCCACCACCAGUCAAGUCAAAGUAGUGGUUUCACCUAUGAAAGGCCAGCUGAGCCAACAGGUGACAUCAGGCAUUGGCAGUAUGACAGUGGUGACAGUGAAGCCAGUGGUAAUGGCAACAGGUGGGGCCAAGAACAGCCACCUACUUCAGACCCUUUCAGUUAGCAAGACUGAGGAAUCUAGUCCUCCCUCUCUCCUCAAGGCUCACCUAACUGCACCUACCCUUACUACAGCAGCUCAGGCUCUGGCUACCUCAGUCACCAACUCUGCCACCACACCAAUUGUCUCCAGUACAAUGGCCAAUGGAGAUGACACAGAGGACCUUGACUUUGUGGGCUUCUCUAGUUCGCCCCAGGUCAAGCUUUUACAGCCGAGCGAGUUGAAAAGGGAGAUACUCAAAACAGAGGUUGGAGAAACUCGGAGAGCAGAGUCUUGUAAAAGUCCAGAAGUGGUAUCUCCAACAGGGGAUGAGCCAACUCCCAUGAGAGUACAUCCUCCCCUCUACACUUAUGGUAACAGGGAGAGAAAGAAGGACGUAGAAUCAGAUGCUGAGGACAAGGAGAAGGAAGAUGGGAAGAGCAUGUCUGAGUGUGAAGGUAGUUCUGACUUGAAGUGCAGUGAUUUGUCUGAACUGGAUAAAGAAAAAGAGGAAGGUGUUAAGCCUAAAACCAAAGAAAAGAAAUUUGAUGCUCUGUCUAUUGAGAUUCCACCAACGGAUCCAACCCUUCCUGAUGAUAAGCGCUUGACGAGAAGCACAAGACACAGUGCAAGGCUUGCCAGUCCCAAGGUGAGCAGUCCAGGAGCUGAGCUGAGCCCAAAAGUGGAUAGAAGAAGCCCAGCGAGCAUGUCAUCCAUGGGUAAGCCAAGUCCUGUUCCAGUUUUGAGACCAAGUGUCAGUCCAGCCACAAGAGGAACCAAAAGACGACGACAUGAGUCUGAGAGUAGCAACGCUUCCAGUGUGAAUGAGGAUACCCAGGAGCCUGCUACUAAAUCCACUCGAAGAAAACCACCAGAUAAAAUUGGAGGGGAAAAGGAGGAAUGUCAGAAAGCUAAAGUUACCAAACCAAAGGAAGCUGAUGGUGAAACAAAAUCUUCAAAAGAUGAGGAGGAUAGCUCUGGAGAUGAAUCUCUAGAAGGAGGGAGCACCAAGAAGAGAAAUCCAUCUGCAGCCUCCACAUCUACCAAUGAAGAUGAAGAUGAUUCCAGACCAUCCUCUAGAAGCAGUCGAACAUCCUGCAAGGCAUCCGCACGCAGCAGAGAGAGACAGAGCUCUGCAGAGUCCACUGGAACCACGAGGGAUACUACCCCGACACGACGAACGCCCAGGCAAAACAACCGGGCGCCCAACAAGGAGAAGUCUCCCGAGCCAGCCAAGGAAAAGGGGCAAGUGGUGGCGGCAGCGCCCAAGCCCCAAACCAGCCGGGAUGCCAAGGACAGAGGUGUGAAAGAAGCAGUGAAAGAGAAGGAGGGAACAAAGGAGAAAGACGGUGAAAAAAGAGAGCCGGUGAAAGAGAAGGAUACUCAGCAGAAGGACAAAAGAACUCCAACAGUAAACAAAGAUGUUAAAACGAUACCCAAAGACAAAAGUCCGCUGUCGAAGGACAAAGAAAAGGAUAAGAGCCCAGUACAAGGAGCGAAGACGAGAAAAGAGAGUGAUCCGUCGGAACCAGAUGCCAGUAACAGAAGAAAAACCAGAAGUACAGCGACAGCGAAUGAAGACACUCCCAACAAGAGAAGAAGAUUGUCCAAGGAUAAAUAGAAUUACCUUUCGUUCUGGAGAAAUGAUAUGGUUGCUGCUUCUGGAACAGUGUUUGAAUCUUUCCAUUAGUUUUCUCUGGGAAUGGUGGAGUGUUGCUGUGAGCAGACAGCAGUGUGUAUCAGUAUUAGAAAAAAAAAAACAGUGCAAUACCAGACGUUCUCUCUUGUGCUGUCUGUCUCCCUCUGUUCCUAUGAUGGUUCGCUCGGUGACUGAUGCCAGCUGCCAUUACCUUUCUUGUUUAAGUUACCUCUGCCUGACCGACCACUUUGCCAAGUCAGGGAAACAGCGUUGAAAUAAGCUCAGUCAGUGAGUCCCUUGGUGGUCAUGUGCGGCCAAGGGACCUGUUUCCUUCAAUAGGUCAAAGUGGAUAGACUCAAGAUCUCAGCCUCUGGCACCCCAUGAUUUACCUUUUUUUUUAUUUUUUUUAUUUUUUUUUUAAUCUACAGAAAUUCUGUAGAACCCACUUUUUGUUAAGGCCGAUUUUGUUAUCUUUUAUUAUUGUACUGCUUGUAACAAUGAAUAGUGGUAUGAUAUGCUAUAUGAAGUGUGAGUAACCGCUAUAACCCAACAAGACAGUUAUAUGCAGUGACUGUGUGAUUUUAGGGUGAUGAUCCCCCAGUGAGAAUGUCUCCUGGUAGUGUUGUCAGGGACAGAGGAUGGUGAUGUGGCUGCCCUACAAAUUUGGUGUGGACAGCUCUUGUGAGUUUAAACCAACCACGGCAGACAACUGCCCAACCACAUUGUGGCGCCCCACAUUUCUACACCAACACCUCUAUUGUACAUGUAGAUUGUAAAUAUAUCAAAUGGUGAAUGUUUUUAAGUGUACAAAGUACAGCAAAGUUAAUAUUUUCUGUGUAUUUCUGUAUAGAUGACUGCAAGUAGAUGCAGAUCCUGUAAAUUAUAAGCUUAAAGUGUAGAGCCUUUGAAGGUGAAACUGCGGCUGUAUUUACUGUAAAUAUUGUAAUCUGUUGUAUAGACUAUCACUUCUGCAAAAUACCUUGUUAAUGAUGUUUGUUUCCCACGUUCUAUACCCUAUGCCAUUUCCUCUAAACACCUCACUUGCACUUCUUUCUGAACUAUUUCUUAUUUGCUAACUUCUGGCUUGUUCAUGCCUUGCUGUAGGAGAUUUGUGUUGGGCAUACUUGCCUUAGAGAUCAUUUCGUUUUAUGAACUUGAUCAGAACUUUUUGCACAGGUUAGGAUUUGACUCCUGUAUUUGAAGGCAUGAACAAUGUAAAAUAUUUGUAAUCUAUCCUAAUCUAUUUUUUUAGCUUAAUGGCAUGAAAAUUAUUCUUUAAUGGCCCUAUUGAUUCUAUUGUAAUGUAAGAUUUCAUAUUUUACAUUGUUAUGAAUAACAGUUUUAAUUAUAUACAUUGACUUUCUGUACAGAACAUUUUAAUAGUCCUAUUUUCUCAACCUGUAUUGCAAUAAUUAUUACACAGAGCAUGUCAAGAGUCUUGAUUUGUCCCUUGGUGUAUAGGGUGAUUGUUCUUAAGAGAUGUUUACAAGUCUUUAAUUCAUUUAGUCUUUAUUUCAUACCUGUUUUGGGGUUGGUGUCACAGAUUUAUUUAUAUGUUUAUAUUAUGCCAAUGCACGACCCUGCCUAUUUCUCAUUUCUUUUGAAAAAAGAAUUUCAACAAGCUCUUGCUAGGAAACAUCCAUUGUCUCGAUCUGUCACCCAAGGCACUCUGAAGACAAGACAUACUGUAGUAAAGUGUGUGUAUUUUGUAUUUUUCUAAAAGAUGCAACUGGAGGGCAAGGUGGCUAUUGUGUCCCUGGCUCUUACAGUUGUGAAAGCCCCAGAUAUGGUGUAUAAUGUUACUGAAGGAGUAAACUGACCAAUAUGGCAGGCCAGUCUUUGGUGUCUCCCUUCCCAAGUCUUACGAAUAUAGCUCGUGUUAGCCUGUCCCACCCAAGACGCCGAGGCUUCGACCUCACCUUGUUUUGGUCUAUUGGAAAGGCCACAACUUCCCCAGUACAAACAUAUAGAGGUCAGGAUUGUAGCCAUUUAUCUUUUCUAUUUUUAACAUGUAGGAAGGAUUUAUGUAGAUGUACAGAGAAUAUCUUGACAAUGGACAUAGUAAAGAAAUUGAUUAAUCAA